GCAUCAACACUAGAAUGAUUUGGACACCGUCGCCCGGCCUUAGGCGUCGUACCUUCACGCAAUUUGUCAAGAGACCAGUCGACACACCUCGCUUGCGGCAUGGCAUGAUAUAUCGAAAAUCGGAGGAUCAAGAUGUGGAUGGGGCGUCCUCCGACCUUAAAAACAUAUUAAGCUCUGAGUCUUCAAAGCCACCUACUAUAGACGCUGCUCUGGGAUCUGUUAAUUUCGAAUUAUUGCUCCGAGCAAUUCACGACAAUGGCUCGCAAGAACGACAUGGAACGACAUGGAUCGUUGGGAGCAACGCCUGGAUCUGGAGAAGUCCAGGGCACAGUGCCCCCUCUGCUGGUCAAUCAGCGCUCAGAUUCGACUCGACCUUAGUGCAAGAUGAUGCUGACGCAUGGGCUGCAGAGCGCAUUGUUGGGCCAGAUACACUGUCCUCGAGAUUUCAUUGCCACAUGGCUUCCUCUCGUCGGCAUUCGGCCCAGCGAGGAUCGCUCGGACUGCGAUCCUGCUCUCAUCUCAACAAAUGUAUCGGAAUGAUCAGGCCCCCGAUCGGGCGCUGUGCUGGCCGACAAGACAGACAACUGCUGAGCAUCGUACAUGCAUAGACGAUUGCGACGGCACGGAACGCACCUUUUGACCUCGAUGACCCCGAAAUAACGCGCCCUUCCUGUUGUCCAGUCUCGUCGCCAUAGUGGAUCCUUGCGCUCGCCAUCGGCCCAGCAAGGAUCGAUCGGACUGCGAUCCUGGUCCCAGUCACCACAA